AAAAUUAUCAUAAUAUCCGAAAUGGGUUUAUCUACUCCAGCCAGUGUAUGCAGCAGCUCUCUGGGAUGGAAGUCUUCGAGCUUAGGGACCUCUACUCAUCUCACUGCCUUUACUGUUUCUUCCGCAACAAAAUACCCCCAUAAGAAAGCUUCUGUCACUUGCUCUUCUUCCUCUUCAUCCUCUGAUCCACUAUUGGUUAAGGCUGCCAGAGGAGAUCCUGUAAGUCGACCUCCGGCAUGGAUGAUGCGCCAAGCAGGAAGGUAUAUGGCUGUUUACAGAAAGCUUGCUGAGAAAUACCCAUCGUUCAGAGAGAGGUCAGAGACAACUGAUCUCAUUGUGGAAAUUUCUUUGCAGCCUUGGGAAGCUUUCCGCCCUGAUGGAGUAAUUAUAUUCUCUGACAUACUUACACCUCUACCGGCAUUUGGUGUCCCAUUUGACAUAGAAGAUGUUAGAGGUCCCGUGAUACAGUCACCAAUUACUUGUGAAGAGGGCUUAAAGACUUUGCAUCCAAUUGACUUCGAGAAACUUCAGUUUGUGGGAGAAUCUUUAAAGAUCUUACGGCGGGAGGUUGGUGGGAAUGCUGCUGUUUUGGGUUUUGUAGGGGCGCCUUGGACAAUUGCUACGUAUAUAGUAGAAGGGGGUUCAACUUCCACUUAUACAACCAUAAAGAGCAUGUGCCAUACGGCACCGCAUGUAUUGAGGGCUCUGCUUUCUCAUUUAACACAGGCAAUAGCAGAUUAUAUUGUUUUCCAAGUAGACGCAGGGGCUCAUUGCAUACAAAUAUUUGAUUCAUGGGGUGGGCAAUUACCACCAGCCAUGUGGGAAAGCUGGUCAAAACCUUAUAUUGAAGAGAUUGUGAGUUCUGUGAGAAAAAGAUGCCCAGAAACACCACUUGUUCUUUACAUUAAUGGGAAUGGUGGCAUCCUUGAGCGUAUGAAAGGAACUGGAGUCGAUGUGAUUGGGCUUGACUGGACGGUGGACAUGGCAGAUGGUAGAAGACGAUUGGGUAGUGGAAUCAGUGUACAGGGAAAUGUGGACCCUGCUUACUUAUUUUCUCCUCUUCCGACAUUGACUGAAGAAAUUCAAAGGGUGGUGAGGGCUGCAGGGCCAAGAGGACACAUCCUCAAUCUAGGGCAUGGUGUUCUUCAACGGACACCGGAAGAAGCUGUUAAACAUUUCUUUGAAGUUGCAAGAAGCUUGAACUAUAAUACGUUUCUUCAAACACAACCACAAAAGGAAUUGGUAGCUUAGCAAUACAAUUUUGCUUGCAAACUGGCUUUAGGUAGUUGGGAGUUGGUAUCAUAUUCUGAUAUGAUCAUGCUUGUCUCUGUUUAUAGUGCAUUCAUAGGGGAGCUCUAUUGUUCUAAUAAUGCUUGAGGGUGAGCUUUUUGUGUCAUUUUCGACUACUUUUGUAAUAACGAUAAUGCUAAAAUUAUUGAAUUCCGUGUUGUACAAUAGAAUUUUUGCAUUGACC